AUGGCAGUCUCCGUGGUUAUUGAAACAUGGAUUUGGUAUGGAGCAGUCUGCUCGAUGCUGAUCCUAAGACUUGUCUCCAGGUUUCUGCUAUUCAAGGACGUUCGAAAGUUUCAGAUAGAAGACUGGUUCAUGCUCUUCAUCUUUGUCUUAUACACAGUAUUGAUUGUGUUCCUCAAUAUAUGCGCUGACGUAUCAACCAACCUCAUUCAACCACACGACAUUCCCACCCUCACGCCAGAAGACAUCGACGAUCGGAUAUGGGGUUCGAAAUGUGUCCUGGUAGUGGAAUCCAUGAUGUGCGCGGUGCAAUGGGGAACGAAAGCAUGUCUGCUGAUGCUUUACUGGCGUUUGACAGAGAAUUUGCGACAGCGACUUAUGGUCAAACUUGCCUCGGGAUACUGCCUUAUCACCUAUAUCGUGAUGAUUUCUCUCUACUACGGCUACUGGUGUCGACCUUUCAGCGCGUUUUGGCAGACACCUACACCGAAUGUUCAAUGCGCGACCCAAACGCACCAUCUGACUGUCAAUAUCGUAUUUAAUCUGACCAGCGACCUUUUAGUCAUCCUCAUCCCAUUACCUAUGUUCAUCAAAGCACAUCUGGAACCGAAAAAGAAAUUGCUACUGAUAUUUCCUUUCUCACUGGGCUUCUUCACGAUGGUGUGUGCUAUCCUCUCCAAGAGGUUAUCAUUCACUCAACCCUUUUCGGCUGAGUGGAUCUAUUGGUAUACGAGAGAAGCAAGUACGGCCAUGAUCGUGACGAAUAUGCCGUACAGCUGGACCAUCAUCCGGAAGGUGUUCAGAGUCAAGGGCUUUUUGAACCGUUCUAGCUCACAAUCAGACCCAGACGGUACAAGCCAUGGCAGGCACCUUAGUGGCAUCAGUGUGCCAGUAUCAAAUGCGACACGACAAAGUGAGCCAAAGAUUGCCACGAAAAGGAUUACGUCGCAUAUCAGCAUGUUCGGUAUGGGCAAGAAGGGACGGGAGAAACAAUCCAGCGUUACCGACUCGGUUGGACCCCUGAAUAACGAAGCAAAUGCGUUCAACAUGGUUGACUGGCAAAAGGACGACUUUCCUCGCAAGCCAUCAAGUAGCACAAGCACUGAAGGGCCGAGAGACAAUAGAGCCCGUCAACCUAUUGCAGAUGUUGAUCGCUUGUAUAGGCUGGAUGACGAGGAUCUCGAGAUGGAGUUGCCCCGGCAUCACACCGCCAGGAGCUAUGAACCUUGA